GCCUCGCCGCUGAUCCGGCUGCCGGUCUCGUUGCAGAACGUGCGGCGUCUCCUGCAGAACCCCAAGGUGACGGAGUUUGACGCCGCCCGGCUGGUGAUGCUUUAUGCCCUGCACUACGAGCGGCACAGCAGCAACAGCCUGCCCGGGCUGAUGGCAGAUCUCCGGAACAGGGGCGUGUCGGAGAGAUACCGGAAGCUAGUGUCUGCCGUUGUGGAGUACGGAGGGAAACGGGUCCGGGGCAGUGACCUGUUCAGCCCCAAGGAUGCUGUAGCCAUCACCAAGCAGUUCCUCAAAGGACUGAAGGGUGUUGAGAACGUGUACACGCAGCACCAGCCUCUCCUUCACGAAACACUAGAUCAGCUCAUCAAAGGAAAACUCAAGGACAGCCAGUAUCCCUACCUGGGUCCCAACACUCUCCGUGACAGGCCCCAAGAUAUUAUCGUGUUCAUCAUUGGAGGGGCAACUUACGAAGAGGCACUGACUGUCUAUAACCUCAACCGCACCAACCCGGGGGUGGGCGGGACCACAAUCCACAACACGAAGAGCUUCCUCGAGGAAGUCACAGCUUCGGGGUUCCGCGGCCGAAGCACCGAGAGCUCUCAAGUUACGCCAAGGUCAAGCAGCAGACGGUGAAUCUUCGGAGAAACCCUGUCUCGCCCAUCC